AUGCCCUACUUACAAGGUGACGAUAUCAAGACAAGGAAGGAAGCUACUACUGAUCGGAGGGUUCAGGUUCUCCAAAGAGAAGCAGUACCGCAACGGGAAGACACGGUGGCACUGUUCGACGCAUCACAACAACCAGGUGCGUUCGAGAUGGUGAUGUCCCGAAAAGGCAAACCGAUGAUCAAGAUUGGUGGAUACUCCUACAAGAGUGUGCCCUCGAACACUCCCAAGACACGAUGGGUGUGCUCCACACACCACAACCAAGGAUGCAGGGCUAACGUCAUCACUUUCGACAGCGAAAUUAUCAAGUCUAAUACUAAACACACUCAUGAUUUUAAUAAAACUGUUAAUUAUUACACGCCAGGUAAGUUCUAAAUUGCAAACGUGUCAGGGCAAGGGCAGCGUGGAAUGUCCACCCACAAACUAGGAAUGUUAUGGACAUGUAGUUUCGGUUAUGGAUACGGUUACGGAUAUAGGAAUAAUAUUAUACCGGUUUCGUUUACAGUUACGG